AUCCUGGUGGACUCAGUUUCCCAGCCUGCCUUGCAGUAUGAGAGUGUGGUGGUAAACGACGGCAGCCCCAUCCUCAGAGACCUGGUGUUCAGUCCAGACCACCGACACAUCUACACCCUGACCGACCAGCAGGUGAGCAGAGUGCCAGUGGAGAACUGUGAACAGUAUAACCUCUGCAGCUCCUGUCUGGGUUCUGGAGAUCCUCACUGUGGCUGGUGUGUCCUGCACAACCUGUGCUCCAGGAGAGACUCUUGUCAGCGGGCUGAGGAGCCACAGAGGUUUGCCUCCAGGGUGGAGCAGUGUGUCCGCCUCUCCGUCCAGCCUGCCAACGUGUCUGUCACCAUGUCUGAAGUCCAGUUGGUGCUGCAGACCCAGAAUGUUCCUAACCUCUCAGCGGGGGUGAACUGCUCUUCCAGGACUUCACAGAGACGGAGGGUCAGGUGUUUGGGGGGCGCGUGUACUGCCUGUCCCCCCAGCAUCCGGGAUGUGGCCCCCUUCACCAGGGACCACGGUGAUAAGCGUGUGGUGAAGCAGUAAUCUGAAGUCUAAGGAGACAGGGAUGAAGUUCGCUAGUGUGGACUUUGUCUCUACAACUGCACCGUGCACCAGUCGUG